AUGGCCAGGAAGGAUUCUCUACCGACGCUAGUCUUCAUCCAUGGCUCCUGGCAUCAGCCGAAUUGCUACGACAAGGUCGUCACACUCCUCCAGGGCCAGCAUGGGUUGAAAUGUGUCUCCGUGGCCCUCCCCUCGAUGGCGUGGAACCCAGCCGCGACCUUCAAAGACGAUCUCGAUGCGGCCCGCGAAGCGAUAGCUCAGGAGACCACCCACGGGCGCAAUGUGGUGGUCAUUGCACACUCCUAUGGCGGCAUGGUGGGCAAUAGUGCGAUCAAGGGAUUCGCACAGCCACGAGACACCACCCAAACCCCUCCAACGGGAUAUGUUAUCGGCCUCAUCCUCAUAGCCACCGGCUUUACCUUGACGGGACUCACCUUUAUGGACCCGUUCUUUGGUCAUCCGCCUCCUUCCUGGCGUGUCAAUAGCGCAACCGGCUAUGCCGAGCUGGUCACACCUCCGCGCGAGCUCUUUUAUCACGACUUGCCAGCAGAAGAGGCGGCAUUCUGGGUCUCUCAGCUGGGUUCGCAGAGCCUGAAGGCAUUGUUCGAGGGUGGGGAAUACACAUACGCUGGGUGGAAGGAUGUGCCUAGCUGGUAUAUUGGCACCGUCGAGGAUCGGGCUUUGCCGGUGGUUGCACAGCGGAUGACUGUGGGGAUGGCGAGGGAGAUGGGCGCGAGUGUGGAGCACAGGGAGCUGCCGACGAGCCAUUCGCCGUUUCUGAGUCAACCGGAGGCGACAGCGAGGAUUGUGUGGGAGGCUGUCGAGGCGUUUACAGGCAAGUCGGAGGGGAAUGAAGCUACACGGAGUGGACGCGGGGAUGUGAUUGCAGUGCCCAAGGCCACACUCUGGCGGCCUUUUACGUCAUCAGGUGUGAUUACAAUGUCCACUUCCGGCGCAUUCUGGGCCGCGUGA